CUGUGACUCCGGUCAGGUGGUUCCCUCGCUCUCCACAGCUGCCUACGGGAGGACGCGCCUUCCCCCCAGAAAAGAAGGAGUUGAACAAAGAAGGUUUGCCGAGCAGCCGCAGCAAAGCUCUAGGAACCUUCCCCUUCUCGCCCCGCUCCCCCUGAGUGUCGCUGGCGGCUGGGGAGCUCCCGGGGGAAGGCGGGCAGGCGGGCGAGGGGCGCGAGAAUGGCGGGGGGAGGCGAGAGAGGCGGCGUCGGCGGCGCGGGGCUGCCGGAGAGCCGGGAGCAUCUGUUCAAGGUGCUCGUCAUUGGCGAGCUAGGCGUGGGCAAGACGAGUAUCAUCAAGCGCUACGUGCACCAGCUCUUCUCGCAGCACUACCGGGCCACCAUCGGCGUGGACUUCGCCCUGAAAGUGCUCAACUGGGAUAGCAGGACCCUGGUGAGGCUGCAGCUGUGGGACAUCGCAGGUCAAGAACGCUUUGGCAACAUGACCAGAGUGUACUAUAAAGAAGCUGUUGGUGCUUUUGUAGUAUUUGAUGUCACAAGAGGCUCAACAUUUGAGGCAGUUUCCAAGUGGAAACAUGACUUGGACAGCAAAGUGCUUCUCCCAAAUGGCAGCCCAAUCCCUGCAGUUCUAAUUGCCAACAAAUGUGACCAAAAGAAAGACAGUGGCCAAAAUCCUUCUCAGAUGGACCAGUUCUGCAAAGAAGGAGGUUUUGCUGGGUGGUUUGAAACCUCUGCAAAGGACAAUAUCAACAUAGACGAAGCUGCUCGGUUCUUGGUAGAAAACAUCCUUGCAAAUCUCAAAACCUGUCCUAGUGAAGAGAAUGAUGUCGGGAGACUAAAACUGGAAUCAGGUCCUCUGACAGCAGAAAGCAAAUCUCAGUGCUGUUAGUUACAUCCAAUCUUGCAGUGACACACUAUGUCAGAGCAGUGAGAUUCCUGCUCCUCAUGUUGGACUGCUGCUAUGGUGCUUCAUCACAACAAUCCUAAUGAGGAAUUGUUUUUUGUAGAGUUGGUCACACUUCAGGCGUUUACACACCUUUUCCUUUGUUGGGUAGGACUUCAAAUUGCCGUCUACACUAUAUCAUUGUCUGGUUGUGAACCAUUUAGCACAGUUGAAAGCUGCCUCCAAUACGAAAAGGCAGUAUUUAUCCUACAAGGCAAGGGUCAGUAUGGGUGACUCAAUCCCAAUAUUUAUCUUUCACAGUGCAAUUUCAGAACUAGAAUAGGAACAUCUGCCUAUGAGUGAAAAUGUUCAUUUUAAUAAGUGCUAUUAUCGUUUGCUUAUACCCCCUUUAAUGCAUACAAAAUCCUAUAGCUGCCUCCUUUUCCUCUAAUGUCUCCUCCAUUUGUCUUGAACACCAAGGCCACCAAGCCUUUAGGGACACUUGACACCCAAGAACACUUCAUUUCUGAAUAGCACAAGACUGAUAUUAAGCAAUGGUAAUCUUAAACUCUAUUGCUUGGAAAUCGGGAUAGGAAGAUUAUGCUGUUUGAAAGGGAGUGAUAAGGAUAAGUCUGUGCUGUCCCAUCUGACCACUUCUGACUCAGAUAAUGGGAACAAACAUUCCAGUACACUUGCAUACAUUGCAUCUGUGCACAAUUAAACUCUUAAGGAAAACCUCCCUUCUUGCACAAGCACAAUUAAUUCUGUAUGUUUUUAGGGUAUCUGAUGGGUUAAAAAUGAAUAAUGUGCCUGAUUAAGCUGUCUCAAGAAUUUUUUAAAAAUGAAAACAGAUUGCAACACUGUCAACUUCGAUCUUUUAACUUAUAGGUGUACUAGUAGAGACCUCUUCUUAAUCAUGCUAUAUUUAUAGUACAGUACCUGUAUUUUUCCACUUUUACUAUUUAACACAAGGAGUAACGCUUGAUUCAAGUCUUGCACAAGAGCAAUUUGCAAAUGUGGAAUAUAUUAUUAGUUUUAUUACUUCUGCUAUCUGCUAAAGCCGUGCGCGCAAAAAUAAGAAGUCUGAAGUAUCUGUGCAAAAACUGCCUUUUUCUUAUGGUGUGUGUGAAAUGGGGUGACUUCUGUAAAAUAUUUAACACAUUGCUUAUUACAGUCUUAAAACCUGUUAAUCCUGUUUUGGUUUCUGCACCUUACACCUAUAUAACAUAGCAUGCCAGCCGCUAGACAUCUUAAGGUACUUUUGACCUAAUAUUUCUGAAAGCUUAAACUGGGUCACAAAUCUAUUUACCGGUAUGUGACCAAAGAUGUUUUGAUAUGAUUUAAAUACCAGGCAAAUAUUUUUAUGAUGUGAAUGCACACGCCUAGAGUUUUUAGAAGGUAUGUUCAGGCACUUUGUCAAGAAUCCAAAGAGAGCAUCUCAUGUUCCUAGACUUCUGUUUCUAGGCUUGCACUAAUUUUGUUGAAUUCCACAAAAGUCAAAGCCCCUUUUAAUGCUGAAUCCCCUAACCCAUUGUGGUUAUCAUUUAGUUUUCUAAAAUAAAUAAAAACAUUUGGAGUAGCUUUUAACACACAUGAAGUGCAAACUCUAAAUGUGAGCUUGAGUAACUCGUUGUU